AUUUAUUUUCAACAUUUUCUUAGCUUUUUAUUUCCAUUAGGCAUCGUACACCUCCUUGCCGACGAAGGUACCGCUGUUCCCUUUCUUCAAUCUUCCUUCAGGCGUCGACGAGCUAAUCGCAGGAUCAAUUCCUCCUUUUACGGGUUUUGAACGAGUCGCUAAAAGCUUCUUCGCCUCCUUCGACGACGUUCCUUGCUCUCGAAUUGGAAGUCGCGACUGUUCGCCGUUCUUCCUGUUGGAUCGGAAGUAGCGACGGGAGCUUGCUUGCUGUGAAGGUUUGCUUGAUUCCAAUAAUUUUACGAUAUAUCCUGAAAUAAGCAUCGAUAUUGGUUGAUUUGUUCAAUUGUUCUGAAAUUCGUCGCGAUGAGUGAGGUUUUCGAGGGAUACGAGCGCCAGUAUUGCGAAAUCUCCGCUUCUCUUUCGCGGAAGUGUACGGGAGCGGCCGCCCUUGAUGGAGAACAGAAAAAGCAGAAGUUGUCUGAGAUCAAGUCCGGCUUAGAAGAUGCUGAAAACUUGAUUCGGAAAAUGGAUCUUGAGGCUAGAAGUUUGCAACCAAGUGUAAAGGCAGCAUUGCUUGCUAAGUUGCGUGAAUACAAAUCAGAUCUCAAUAAUUUAAAGAGUGAAGUUAAAAGAAUCACUUCUCCUAAUGCAAAGAAUGCUUCAAGAGAGGAAUUGUUGGAAUCUGGGAUGGCAGAUACGUUAUCUGUGUCUGCUGAUCAAAGGGGAAGAUUGUUAAUGUCAACUGAACGAUUGAAUAAUUCUAGUGAAAGGAUUAAGGAGAGUAGAAGAACCAUGUUGGAGACGGAAGAUCUUGGGGUUUCAAUCCUGCAAGAUCUGCAUCAACAACGUCAAUCUCUUCUGCAUGCGCAUACUGCAUUGCAUGGCGUGGAUGAUAACAUAGGAAAGAGCAAGAAGGUCCUCACGGCCAUGUCUAGAAGGAUGGACAAGAACAAGUGGAUCAUAGGGGGAAUAAUUUUGGCCCUUGUCCUGGCUAUUCUCCUCAUACUAUAUUUCAAGCUCGCCCAUUAACAGAUCCUGUUCAACUCUGCUCCACUUCUAUUGUAAGUGUACUCUUUUUCUUGCGUUCACGUGGACCCAAAUUAUACAUGUGUGCUCCGUAAGCUAUUCGGACCAGCUGCAUUUGUAUGUUUAAAUGUGCAUUUCUUCUUCUACAAGGUUUCCCGUUGAAAACAUCCAAGUCUCGUCUGUUCUAUGUUGUUUAUUUCAGUAUAAGCUAGAACUUCUUCUCCAA